UUCCGGUUUGAGAAAGGGGGAAGAAGUGGGGUGUAACUGAGCGGCGCGUCCGUAUAAAAACCGGCUCGCUCCGUUCCAUUCCAAUCUCUCGGUCGAUGUGACAUCGGGCAAGCGCGGCAAGACACAACCGUGAUCAUCUUUUCUGUGGCUACGAUUCCUCCCGAGUUUGUUUUCUGACGCCAGGAUCUUACCUGUAAAAGUUUCCGUUCUCCGAAAGGAGCCUGUCGUGCUCAGUUCGUUGUUGACAGUUCAAAGAGGCCCAAGAUGACAACGACAAGGCCAUCGUCUGCUAAGGUCAUCUUCGCCCUGGCAUGUGUGAUAUUGUCGCAGAACUUCGGCACAGUCCGGUGUUCUACGGACAACAACAUCUACGACGUGCUCAGACUCAUCUACAGGCUAUGCGCUUCUGAACAUGAUGACAUGCAAGUUGGCGUCAAGUGCCUGGACCACUACAUGGGCGGAAAUGGCGGCGAAAUGGCCGACUCGGCUAAAAGAUGCAUGCAACUCAGGGAAGGCGACUCCCCAGACCCGGUGUCCGAGAUGUGUUCCCGAUACACCGACAUCAGCGAAUGGCAAGCCAAGAACAAGCUCCCUCCUCCUUCUCUCACUGGGGUCAUCAGUCUAUCUGGACUCACGAAGAUGAUGUGCGUCAUGGGCGACCUCAAGGUGCCCAUUCCCACAUGGCAGACGGCAUUCUCCAAAUGCUUCCCCAGACACCAAGACUGGCUCGCAUCACGGAAAGCACUGUGGUUCAUUACAAGAUACCUAUUGUCCAAGUCGUGAGGUCAGCUCAAGUUGCCUGUUAGCACCAGCUUCUGACACACAAGGCUCCAAGAGAAAAGCCUGAGUCAAGUCUCAAGGACCUACAAGUGACAAACAUGCCAAAAAAGUGAAUGGAUAGGAUGCCACCCUCACCUGUAAAUACCCAUCGAGCCACAUGUACUAAUUUAAUAUUUAUGCGAGGGCACUGUUAAACCUUGCAUGCAGACUGUGUAGUUGCCAAUAGAAAAUGUUUCAAACAAAGUGA